GGAAUCUUUUUCAAAUAAGCACUGAUAUUUCUGUGUGGCCAGGUCAAUUACAAGAAAAAUAUGGUGACUUCUACGAAGUUUACAUAGGGCCCCUACGGCUAAUUUGGCUCUGCAGAGAAGAUUUAAUUAGUAAAAUGAUGAGUCCAUCAAAUAAUAGUAACUUUCAUAACAGAGUGAGUGCAAACCAUGAUGGUAUGAAAGAAAUUGGACUACUUGACACUGGACUUUCUUUCAACUCAAAUUUCAAGACUUGGCAGUAUUAUCGAAGGUUUUUUGGAAAAACAAUGUCUAAAGCUUCGUUUUUGGUACAAGCACUGGAUUUCACCCAAGAAGUGCUUAAUGGGAUGGAGAAUUAUUGGGAGGAACUCGGAGAAGACAUAACAUUAGAAUUUUCGCGAUGGGCAAAAAGAUAUUUUGUUGAUACUUUAUUUCUUAUAGCCACCGGUAAACCGGCACGUUCUUUAGCUAGUUAUUAUAACGAAUUAUCAAUUGACAAAAAGGUCGAUGUAUCAGAAAAUGCGCUAAAGGAAAGUGAAGUCCUCUUGCAAGCUAUUGAAGACCUUUCUGCGAGCGGUAUACACUUCAUGAUAUUUCCAAAGUUUAUUAGAGACUUUCCGGGAAUUAGACUGUAUACCCAAAGAUUAAAGAAUAGUAUAAAUUGGCUAAGAAAAAAAUCUCUUGAUAUUAUUAAGGCUAGAAGAGAAGAUAUCGAAAAAACACCCAAGGACCAAGAACUUACUCCUAAUAUUUUAACAAUGUUUUUAACUAUAAACACAUCGCGUGAUGUUACCGAAAGUAUUGUCGAUAGUCUACACGACAAACCAAUGUCUGAUGAAGAAAUUGGUAGUCUUUUCUUGGAAAUCCUACUUGGUGGAAUUCAUACGAGCUCGAAUACUAUCUGCUACCUAAUUUAUUACAUAUCCCACUAUCCAAAAGUUAAAGAACGCUUAAUAGAAGAAAUCGAUCGAGUUUUGGGAAAAGACUUAGGUUAUAAAAUUACUCUUGAAGAUAUAGGAAAACUUGAAUAUUGUGAAGCAAUUAUUCAUGAAUGUUCGCGAGUAGUUACCCUUGUUCCUGUAUUAUAUAAAAAAAAUAAUGAGCCAGACGAGAUUGGUCGUUUAAUGUUUCCUGCGGAAACACAAUUCUUUAUCUACUGUCAAGGUAUUCAUAAACAUAAAUCUUUAUGGACAAAUCCAGAAGAGUUUAACCCAGAAAGAUUUAUUGAGAAUCCGGAAAGUAAAAAGCAUAUUUAUACUUUUGGUGGUGGACAGAGAAAGUGCCCUGGAAGGAAUUUAGCAAUGCUACAGUUAAAACUGAGUUUAGCUUCAUUAUACAGAAAGUAUGAUAUUAAGCUUGUUGAUAAUAACGCACCGAUCAAAAACCUAUUAUUUUUAAUAAUUUCUUUUGUAAUUUCAAAUAAAAAAUUAUAA